GCCCCGCGCUCCGCCGGCCAGAGCCGACGGCUGCAGGACCCCAAGCAAGUGAGGAGAGAAAGUCGAGACUAGUAGCCCGAAGCGGGGACAGCCUCCCGGAGCGGCGCGGCGCGGAGCCUCGGGACAAUGGGGCCGCAGCGGCUGCUGCUUGUCGCCGCUGGUCUCAGUCUGUGCGGCCCACUGCUGUCUGCCCGCACCCAGGCCGGCAAGCCAGAGUUAAAAGCAACAAACGGUACUGUGGAUCCCCGGUCGUUUGCUCUGAGGAAUGUCAAUGAUGGCUAUGAACCGUUCCCGCUGGGGGAGGAUGAGGAGAACAACGGAAGUGCUGUAACAGAAGCCAGAUCAGUGUCCACCAAUGAAAGCCGGCCUCUUCGGAAGCCACCCCCUGUGUUCAUCUCCGAGGAUGCCUCCAGAUAUCUGACCAGCCCCUGGCUGACUCUCUUCGUCCCCUCCGUCUACACGGGCGUGUUUGUAGUCAGUCUCCCGCUCAACAUCAUGGCCGUUGUUGUGUUCCUCUUGAGAAUGAAGGUCAAGAAGCCGGCUGUCGUGUACAUGCUGCACCUGGCCACGGCCGACGUGCUGUUCGUGUCCCUGCUCCCCUUCAAGAUCAGCUAUUACUUUUCUGGCAGCAAUUGGCAGUUUGGGUCUGAAGCGUGUCGCCUUGUCACGGCAGCUUUCUACUGUAACAUGUACGCCUCCAUCAUGCUCAUGACGGUCAUCAGCAUUGACCGUUUCCUGGCCGUGGUGUACCCCAUCCAGUCCCUCUCCUGGCGCACUCUGGGACGGGCUUAUGUCACUUGUCUGGCCAUCUGGGCUAUGGCCAUUGCAGGGGUGGUGCCUCUUCUCCUCAAGGAGCAAACCAGCCAGGUGCCGGGGCUCAACAUAACCACCUGUCACGAUGUGCUCAAUGAAACCCUGCUCGAAGGCUAUUACGCCUAUUACUUCUCAGCCUUCUCCGCGGUCUUCUUCUUCAUGCCCUUGAUCAUUUCCACAGUCUGCUACGUGUCUAUCAUUCGGUGUCUCAGCUCUUCCACGGUUGCCAACCGCAGUAAGAAGUCCCGGGCUUUGUUCUUGUCAGCUGCUGUUUUCUGCAUCUUCAUCCUUUGCUUCGGGCCCACCAACGUCCUCCUGAUCAUGCAUUAUUCGUUCUUUUCUCGUGAUUCCUCCACAGAGGCUGCCUACUUCGCCUACCUCCUCUGUGUCUGUGUCAGCAGCAUCAGCUGUUGCAUUGACCCCUUGAUUUACUAUUAUGCUUCCUCUGAGUGCCAGAGACACCUCUACAGCAUCCUGUGCUGCAAAGAGAGCUCCAGUGCCAGCAGCUACAACAGCAGUGGUCAGCUGAUGGCAAGUAAGAUGGACACCUGCUCCAGUAACCUGAAUAACAGCAUAUACAAAAAGCUGUUAACUUAGGAAAAGGGACCGCUGGUCGGUGAAAAAGAAAAGGUUGGAAAAGUGCAGAACCUGAGGAUUCUAUUAGGACCUGCCCAAACCAUACAUACUUCCCCACCUAAAACAACAAAGUAUGAUUUGUAGCCCUGCUUCUUAAGGCCAGCCAUCUAGCAUGUGUUUUUGUUAGUCCUCAGAAAAGGUGACAAGAAUAGAAUACAAUGCUAUUCCAAGGGAGUCUUGCCAAUGCUUUGUUAAUAACUGAAUGUCACUUCUUGAUAUAUCUGAGGGACUUAUUAUAUACAUAUAUACAUAUGCACACACACAUAGUAUUCACAGUGUGGUAUAGAAUAGGCACUUUGAAACCUUCUCUUUUUUCCACUGUGAUUAUGGAAAUAAUCUCCAGUUCCCUGAUUUUACAUGCAGUCUAGGUUAGUGAAGGUUAGCCCUGGACAUCUGAAGGUGUCCAUCAGUCAUGAGGGGUUUCAUGGAUGGGACUCAUAUAGCUUUUGCAAAUAAGUGUAUUCUGAAAUUGUUUGAUAGCAAUGUUUAAGUUAUUAAGGGAUAAGACUUAGUACAUACUAUCUGUGUAUAGAAAAAAAGUGUUUUAAACAUAUCGAAGUUUGAAUUCUUAAAAUUAUUGAAACAGAUUAAAAGCUCUCACUUCGAUAUGGGUAGCAUUUUUGAUGUUUUACACAUUGUGUUCAUAAACCGAGACUGAGCUUAAGUGCCCCCAGUGACCCUUGCUGGCUUUCAGAGUGGCCUACCCCAAGAGCUGCAUGCAUCUGCCCCGAUGGAAGGCUUAGAGCAGCAGGGACAUGGCAGGACCAUGUCAGACACAGACUGGCCAGAAGCCCCUCAGCUGAGCCUCCUGGAGAGCGGCAAGGUCAGGGCCACCAUGUUUGUUCCAUCCUCCUGGAGUCCCCCAAAGGUUGGCUGAGAACAGAUCACAUGUAUUCGAAACCGGCAAAGCAGAAGGUGAUAUCCUGGGAGGUGAUGACUGUGAAAGCCUUUUGUACCCCUCUCAAGAGCAGAGAAAGAAAGCAAGUUCAUGUCCAGUAGCCGUCCUGCACAGUUAGUUUUCCCGUGGAAGCACCCAUGCGUGCUGUGAGCACUCUUGACAGGUGCCAGCACGCCGAGAGGGAGAAGACUGAGCUCUACCCUCAAGAACAGCAAAGUAGCUUCUGCGAGGAGAAUGUGAUGUAGCUAUAAUAAAUAUGUCACAUAAAGAAGUGUGGUUAGCCAGCAGUCCCCAAGCAUGUUUCACAUAAGCAAGGCCUGUCAGUUUUGAACAUUUGGGUUCCUCUGAACAUUAGGGUUCUUACUUCCUGUGUUUUAAGGUGAAAACAUAACACAUGUAUUUUUAAAAAUACAUUCUUCUAAAAAUAGUUCUUCACUAUUUAUUUACAAAUGUGUGUUCAAUCAUUUACUCAAAUCAGAGCCAGGUGCAGUGGCUCAGGCCUGUAAUCCCAGGACUUUGG